ACACACUUUCUUAUUCAAUUUUAUCAUAUCCCAAACUCCAAACACGUAACAAAACAAAAAACCAAUUAAGACAAUGGCAAUUAAGUUGUUUCUCCUAAUGACGUUGCUCUCCCAUGUUGCAUCUUCUUUCUCAGAAUGGUGUCACCCACAAGACAAAAUGGCCCUUCUCCAAAUAAAGAAAGAACUCAACAAUCCAAUCAUUCUUUCCUCAUGGAAAUCAAACACUGAUUGCUGCAAAACGAGCUGGAAUGGUGUAACUUGUUUUCCCUCAAAUAACCGAGUCAGUGAAUUAACUAUUACAGACGACAACAAUCUUAUCACCUCUAAAUUUCCACUUUCCGUUGGUAACUUAUCAUACUUAGAAUCUCUAUCUUUCUAUCAUUUACCAAACCUCACCGGUCCAAUACCUAUUAAGUCCAUAUCCGAGCUUUUCAAGCUUAAAACCCUUAUAAUUACCCGAACCGGGAUGUCAGGCACAAUACCCAACUUCCCGGCCCAAAUGGAACAGCUCACUUACUUGGAUCUCUCAUCCAACCACUUUUCAGGUAAACUUCCCUAUUAUCUAUACAAAUUGCCAAAACUCGGAGUAAUAAGCUUUCACGACAACUUUUUGACGGGUCCAAUUCCUCCAUCAUAUGGUUACUUCAAUAAUAAAAACACCCCCACUUUAUUUUUCUCUCAUAACCAAUUAUCGGGGAGACUCCCAAUUUCAUUGUCAAGGCUAAUUAACCCUACCGUUAUUGAAUUUUCUUAUAAUAAAUUUGAAGGUGAUGCCUCCAUGCUUUUUGGCUCAAACAAAACCACAAGGGAAAUAUACCUUUCACAAAACAUGUUUAAAUUUGAUCUUGGAAAAGUUGAAUUACCUAAGACCUUGACAGCUUUAGAGGUGAGCCACAAUCAAAUCUAUGGGAAGCUUCCCUUGGGAAUAGAAAAUUUAUACCCGUUGAAUGUAAGCUAUAAUAAUUUGUGUGGUAAGAUUCCAAAGGGUGGAUAUAUUCAUCUAUCUGAUGUGACUUCGUUCUUCCACAACAAAUGCUUAUGUGGAUCUCCUCUUCCAAGUUGCAAGUGAUCAUUGUAUUGUAUUGUAUUGUAUUAUAUCCGAUAAUGGGGUAAUUAAUCUUUAGUGCAUUAAUUUGCCUUACAUUUUACAAUAUUAAUUACUUCCAAUAGUUUUGUAAUGUAUUCGUUUUACAAGUCAUGUGUGGUUUUUAAUUACCAUGCAGUGGUACUACUUUAAGAAUAAGAGUCUAGGCAUUUUUAUUAUUAGUUACAUGUUUGGUACUAUUUUUUAAAGUGUAAAAGAUUAAUCACAAAUCUUCAACAGUAAA